AUGCACAUCGAAGUACGUAGGAGAGUACUGUCAGCAUCUGAACCCGUGUCACACGGGGCCACGCUGUCAGAACGGUGGUUCGUGCAGGGUGAAGGAAAGUAGCGGGGGUGGCACACCGUCGUUCGCCUGUUCCUGUCCUGUCGGAUUUACCGCGAGCCUGUGCGAGAUACCGAUCGAGAACGCAUGCGACUCAUCGCCGUGUCUGAACGGUGCCACUUGCAAUCUGAAAUCGCUCCGUGAAUACGUUUGCACCUGCGCCACUGGAUACACGGGCGAGCACUGCGAGCGACAAGACCACUGCGCCUCGUCGCCUUGUCGAAACGGGGCCGAGUGUCUGUCGCUGGAGGACAGCUACAAGUGCACGUGUGCACACGGCUUUACGGGGCCGAAUUGCGCGGACGACAUCGACGAAUGCGACAGGAACCCGUGCAGACACGGCUCCUGCAAGAACAUUCACGGAUCUUACAAAUGCAUAUGCUCGAGCGGAUACACUGGCCAGAAUUGCGAGAACGAGUAUAUUCCCUGCGACCCAUCGCCGUGUAAGAAUGGAGGCACGUGUCGUCAGAUCGACGGUUUGGAUUACGAGUGCACCUGUCCAGAGGGUUUCCGCGGAGAUCAGUGCGAAGAGAACAUCGACGACUGUCCAGGUCACCUGUGCCAGAACGGCGCGACCUGCAUGGACAGGAUAAACGAGUACUCGUGCCUGUGCCCCCCGUCGUACACGGGCACGCAGUGCGAGCUAGACGUGGACGAGUGUUCCGUGAGGCCGUCGCUGUGCCACAACGGCGCCACGUGCACCAAUUCGCCCGGUAGUUACUCGUGCAUAUGCGUGAACGGUUGGACCGGGCCAGACUGCAGCGUCAACAUCGACGACUGCGCAGGCGCCGCCUGCUUCAACGGCGCCACCUGCAUCGACCGCGUUGGAAGCUUCUACUGUCAAUGCACCUACGGCAAGACUGGAUUACUUUGUCAUCUCGAUGACGCUUGCACGUCGAACCCUUGCCACCAAGGCGCGAUCUGCGACACCAGUCCGAUCAAUGGAUCAUUCACGUGCUCCUGCGCCACUGGGUACAAGGGCGUCGACUGCUCGGAAGACAUCGACGAGUGCGAGCAAGGAUCACCAUGCGAGCACGACGGUAUCUGCGUGAACACGCCCGGUUCAUUCGCGUGCAACUGCACGCAAGGCUUCACGGGGCCGAGAUGCGAGACGAACGUGAACGAGUGCGAGUCUCAUCCCUGUCAGAACGACGGCUCGUGUCUGGACGAUCCGGGGACCUUCCGCUGCGUCUGCAUGCCUGAACCAAUCUUAUCAACCUUCCUGUCCCCUAAAUCUCACCAGUCCUUGCACAAACGGACCCACAAUUUGGACCCCCCUAAUCUACGCGUUCACGUGCCACCCAACACCAAAGUACCAAAACCCAAAACUACCAAAGUGUAA